AGGGGGCGGAGCAGAGCGGGCGGGGGCGGUGGGGGUCGCGCCCGGCCUGGGGUUGAGCCGGCGCGCGGCGCUGACAGCUGAGUCGCCUCACCGUCUCCCACCCCUUCGUUGCCCGGCCCUGACCCCGGCCUGGUCUGCCCCGCCAUGGUCCCUGGGCUCCUACUGCUGCUCGGCAGCGCCGCCUUGGUCGUCUUCGGCCUCUGCUGCACCUUCGUGCACCGAGCUCGCAGCCGCUAUGAGCACAUCCCCGGGCCGCCGCGGCCCAGUUUCUUUCUAGGACACAUCCCUUGCUUUUGGAAAAAGGAUGAGGUUUGUGGCCGCGUGCUCCAAGAUGUGUUUUUGGACUGGGCUAAGAAGUAUGGACCUGUUGUGCGGGUCAACGUCUUCCACAAAACAUCGGUCAUCAUCACGAGCCCCGAGUCGGUCAAGAAGUUCCUGAUGUCAACCAAGUACAACAAGGACUCCAAGAUGUACCACGCAAUCCAGACUGUGUGUGGUGAGAGGCUGUUUGGCCAAGGCUUGGUGUCUGUAUGCGACUACGAGCACUGGCACAAACAGAGGAGAGUCCUGGAUCUGGCCUUCAGCCGGAGCUCCUUGGUCAGCCUGAUGGAGACGUUCAAUGAGAAAGCUGAGCAACUGGUGGAGAUUCUGGAAGCUAAGGCGGAUGGGCAGACCCCGGUGUCCAUGCAGGAUAUGCUGACCUGCGCCACCAUGGACAUCGUGGCCAAGGCAGCUUUUGGGAUGGAGACCAGCAUGCUGCUGGGCACCCAGACGCCUCUGUCCCGGAAAGUGAAACUGAUAAUGGAGGGUAUCUCCUCAUCUCGCAACACCCUGGCUAAGUUUAUGCCAGGAAGGUGGAAGCAGCUGCGUGAGGUCCGGGAAAGCGUCCGCUCUCUGCGCCAGAUCGGCAAGGACUGGGUCCAGCGCCGCCGGGAGGCCCUGAAGAGGGGGGAGGACGUCCCUGCCGACAUCCUCACACAGAUCCUCAAAGCUGAAGAGGGGGCCCAGGAUGAUGAGAUUCUGCUGGACAACUUCGUCACCUUCUUCAUCGCAGGUCACGAGACCUCUGCCAAUCACUUGGCAUUCACAGUGAUGGAGCUGUCUCGCCAGCCUGAGAUCUUGGCCAGGCUGCAGGCCGAGGUGGACGAGGUCAUCGGUUCUAAGAGGCACCUUGACUACGAGGACCUGGGGAGGCUGCAGUACCUGUCCCAGGUCCUCAAAGAGUCUCUGAGGCUGUACCCGCCAGCAUGGGGCACCUUUCGUCGGCUGGAGGAGGAGACCUUGAUUGAUGGGGUCAGAGUCCCUGGCAACACCCCGCUCCUGUUUAGCACCUACGUCAUGGGGCGGAUGGACACGUACUUUGAGGACCCGCUGACUUUCAACCCGGAUCGCUUCAGCCCUAAGGCACCCAAAGCCAAGUUCACCUACUUCCCUUUCUCGCUGGGGCCCCGCUCCUGCAUUGGGCAGCAGUUUGCUCAGAUGGAGGUGAAGGUGGUCAUGGCCAAGCUGCUGCAGAGGCUGGAGUUCCAGCUGGUGCCCGGGCAGCGUUUCUGGCUGCAGGAGCAGGCCACGCUCAAGCCACUGGACCCUGUGCUGUGCACCCUGCAGCCCCGGGGCCCCUGGGGCUGGCAGCCUGCACCCCCAACCCCAUCCUGCUGAGGUGCCAGGACAGGAUUGGACUCCUCUGCAACCCCACUGCCGCCCACCUGCUCCCCUGCCCCCUGCCCGGGGCCCCUUCACUCUGGCUCCCAGCAGGCCCUCUGGCAACCACUGCCUGCUUCACAGCCCUCAGCUCCUCGUCUGCUGCUCAUUCCACUGCACCUCCUGAGCCGGCCCCUGCCUAUCACCCAGCUGCUACCCAGAUGUGCUGUCAUCUCCCCACACAGGCUAUUCCCUCUGUCAGACAUUCUAACUCUUGCUCACUCAUAAAGCCCUCUUCAAGUGCCACCUCCACCAGGAAGCCCUCCCUUCCACCCCUGGCUGGGCCAGGGGCCCCUCCCCUAUGCUCCCUUGGCCACCUGUGCUACCUCUAACCCCACACUGACACACUGUAUUGUGAGUGUCCUUGACAUGAUCUUGACGUGACCACAUGACUGACUGCUCUGCCAGGCUGCUAGCACCUCAGGGCAGGGUCUGUGUAUGCUGCGUCUCUGAGCCCCCUGUGCCCACCCAGGGCCUGGCAAAGAGUCGAUGCUCAAUAAAUAUGUGUUGACUGCAUGAGUGAAUGGCCAGACCAGGCCAGGGC